CUUUGUAACGCUGGUUAUAAGUGCUAUACAAAUCAACUUAAUUAUUAUUGUAAAUGUAAUUAUAGUCAGAUCUCUGCCCUAAUGAUGGGGCAGUAAUAUUAUAAGCCUAUCAAUAAUUUUUUUUGCCUUCACAGUCUGAUUUUUUUGCAGCUGUCCUUCCUGCAUCAUUUGUUGUUGAAAGUGUGAAACCACGCCCACACGAAAGCGAAAGCGUUCAAGUUGUUUACAACGAAACUCAACUGUCGUCUGCGUCUGUCUGCUCGCGAUAAGCUGGAUCCGACGAUGGCAGGUUAUUGUAUUCCGGGAACUGGCCCAGCUGGUUUGAAACCUAAACAACAGGAAAAUAGUGUGUUUUUUCUCUGCAGAGUACUUGCCUGCAAAUAGAAGCGCUAUCUGACAGCAUCAUUGAGACUUACUGAAGGCCUGAAGAUGAGUGAGUGUGGAUCUGAGAGAGACUCGACGUCUUCGUCAGUCGGUUUUAUGUCUGAGAAGAGUAACCGCUCCAGAGAAUAUCCUCCAGCCUUUAGCAUUGAGACCAAACUUGCACAAACAGGAGAUUCGAGGAGGUAGCUAACCAUCCAACCAACUAACCGUCCUUGCAGAUUCACUAAUGUCAAGAAGAUGAGUGAAUAUCAGGGGGGAUCAGCGUCCUCAAGAGUCAGUUUUACGUCUGCGAAGAGUAACCGCUCCAGAGAAUAUCCUCCAGCCUUCAGCUUUGGACCCAAACCUUCACAAACAAGUGACGAGACUACAUCAAGCAUUCAGCAGAACCAGGACACCCUGAUGGUGUUUGAAUCUAAAGCUAUGGCUUUUGUAAAGCAAGCUCUGAGAACCCAUCAGAAGGUCCUUUCUGCAAAACACAAAGGAUUGUUUGAGGAAGACGAGCAGGAGGACGUUAUUGAUGGUCAGCCGGUUGAGUUUGAUGAUGAAACAAGUGAAGCAGCCCUGAAGAUUGCCCUCCAUAUCUUGAGGACCAUGAAUGAGGAUGAACAUGCUCACAUACUUGAGCAAAGUCAUUAUGGAGAACUUGUCAUGUACCAAAAGAAACUAAAAUCUUCCAUGAAGAGGAAAAAUAAGAACUUAUUUGAAGAGAUAACUACACAGCAGUGGCCUGUGCCUCUUAAAAAGAUUUAUACCAAGCUCUAUCUGAUAGUGGGGGGCAGUGGAGAGGUCAACAAUGAACAUGAAGUAAGACAAAUUGAGACAGCAUUCAACAAACGGGAGUCUAGGGAAACUCUGAUCAAGUGUGAGGACAUCUUCAAGCCCUUACCCAACCAACAAGGCAAACCAAUCAGAACGGUGCUCACCAAGGGGAUAGCAGGCAUCGGCAAAACUGUGUUGGCACAGAAGUUCAUGCUGGACUGGUCAGAGGAAAAGGCCAAUCAAGAUAUCCAGCUCCUGUUUUCACUUCCUUUUAGGGAGCUGAAUUUGCUUAAAAAUAAAAAAAGAAAUUUGAUGGAGCUCCUGUAUGACUUCUCUCCAGGCCUGAAAGAAUCUGGAAUCAAAGACCUGAAGAUGUGCAAAGUUCUGUUUAUACUGGAUGGUCUUGAUGAGUGCAGACUCCCUCUGGAUUUUAAGGGAAAUGAGAACUGUUAUGAUCCUACACAGUCAGCCUCAGUGGAUGUGCUGCUGACAAACCUCAUUGUAGGUAAACUGCUACCAAAAGCUAAUCUGUGGAUAACUACCCGACCUGCUGCAGCCAGCUGCAUCCCUCAACAGUAUGUUGACCGCAUGACUGAGAUACGAGGCUUCAACAACCUACAGAAGGAGCAGUACUUCCACAAGAAGAUUGAUGAUGAAAACUUAGCCCGAAGAGUAAUCGCAAACAUAAAGUCAACAAGAAGUCUCUACAUCAUGUGCCAUGUGCCGGUGUUUUGCUGGAUUUCCUCUAUUGUCCUGGGAAAAAUGUGUGCCAAAGCAGGAGGAGGAAAAAUGCCAAGGACUUUGACUCAGAUGUACAUCCACUUCCUGGCACAUCAGACCGCGCAGAUGCAUGACAAGUACUGCGAAGAACAACAACUGGACUACUGGGGGAAUAACGUGAUGAUGUCACUUGGAAAGUUGGCCUUCCAGCAGCUGGAGAAAGGCAACCUGAUCUUCUACGAGGACGAUCUUAGAGACUGUGGUAUAGAUGUCAAAGAAGCGUCUGUCUACUCAGGAGUUUGCACUCAAGUCUUUAGGGAAGAGUCCUGGAUGCAGCAUAAAGUCUUCUGCUUUGUGCACCUGUCUGUCCAAGAGUUUCUCGCAGCUUUGUACGUCCAUGUGUUGUACAAGGUCAGUGGUCUAAACCUGUUGAUCAAAGAACCUGAACAGAUGGCCCAAACCAAGCCUGUAUCCGAAUUGCACAAAGCUGCAGUUGACAGAGCCUUACAAAGUGACAACGGCCACCUGGAUCUCUUCCUGCGUUUCCUCCUUGGACUCUCUCUGGAGUCCAGUCGGGGUCUGCUCAGAGGCCUGAAGAUUCAGGUAGAAACCUGCGACUCCCAAAGUCACGAGGAAACCAUCAAGUACAUCAAGGAGAAAAUAAAUCAGAUUCUUCAUCCAGAGAAGUAUGUCAAUCUCUUCCACUGUCUGAAUGAGUUAAACGACCACUCUCUGGUGGAGGAGAUCCAGAGCCACUUGGACUCUGACCGAGACUUGGUGAUGGACGAGUGCUCUGCAGCUCAGUGGGCAGCUCUGGUCUUUGUGUUGCUGACCUCACCGGAGAAGCCAGAGGAGAUCCACCUCAAGAAAUACUCCAGAAGAGAAGACGGCCUUCUCAAGCUCUUACCAGCCAUCAAAGCAUCCAGAUCAGCAAUGUUAAAUGAUUGUAAUCUCACUGCAGACUGCUGUCAGGAGCUGUCCUCCACUCUCAGCUCAAGCUCUAAUGCGAUUAAUCAUUUAAACUUAAGUGACAACAGCUUACAAGACUCAGGAAUCGAGCUUCUCUGCACUGGACUCCAUGCCCAACACUGCAGACUGAAGACACUCCGGCUGAACCGAUGCAGUCUCACCCAGCGAUGCUGUGAAAAGCUGGCUUCAGUCCUGUGCUGUCCCUCAUUACAUCUUCGAGAGCUGGACCUGAGUGAUAACGACAUUGAAGACUCAGGAGUGCAGCUGCUCUCCACCGGACUGGGAAAUGUGUGCUGUAAACUGGAGACCCUCAGGUUGUCGUUCUGCAACAUCACAGAGAAAGGUUGUGGUUUCUUGGCCUCAGCAGUGAAGUCCAACCCAUCCCACCUGAGCGAGCUGGACCUGAGUUACAAUCACCUAGGAAAGUCGGGGGUGAAGCUCAUCUCUAAAGCUCUGGAGGAAGGACGAUGUGAAUUAACUAAACUCAGAGUUGACCACAAUGCAGAACACUGGUUUAAACCAGGACUGAGACAAUAUGCAUGUGCGCUUACAAUGGAUCCUAACACUGCUCAUAAACUCCUCGUCCUCUCUGACGACCAACAAAUGGUUAGCCAGGUCAGAGAAAAGCAGCCAUAUCCUGAUCACCCUGACAGGUUUGACUACUGGGCCCAAGUCCUGUCCCAGCAGGGCCUGAUGAGCCGCUGUUACUGGGAGGUGGAGUGGGAAGGAAAAUGGGCCGGGAUCGGAGUGACCUACAAGGGCAUCGGUCGCAAGGGGCCUGACAAUGACUGUGUGAUGGGAUACAAUGGAAUAUCUUGGAGUCUGCAUUGUUCUGUUAAAGGCUACCGCGCUUAUCAUAACUUCGAGAGCAUCGUCCUUCGUGUCCCGUUAGGUGGUUCUCGUGGACUGGCUGUCUAUCUGGACUGGGAGGCUGGCAUCCUGUCCUUCUACAGAGUUUCUCCUAGAAGGUCGCUGACACACCUGCACACCUUCUCCACCAAAUUCACUGAGCCUCUCUACCCAGUUUUCAGGGUGUGGGGUAAGGGCUCAUCAGUGAGGCUGUGUCAGGUGAAAUAAUUUGCCAAAGAAAAGACUGAUUAAGGGAUGCACGCAAUUACUCAAUGAUUGAUUAGUCUUCACUUUGAUUGUUUACUUUGAUCAAUGUUAAUGUGAAUGAACUAGGUGUGGUGUUGUCUCACUUAACAAUAUUAAUAUUACAUAAAAUAUUUUGCAUUCAUAUUUAACUAUAUUAAACUGCUUUAAAUUUAGAGGAAACAGCUCAAAACUAUUUGAUAUAAAGACAAUUUAAACCAAUAACCAAUCAUACAUACAAUACUAUACAGUCCAAAAAGACAAAGUGGAAAGUUGAGAAAUAAGAACUAGAAACGUUUAGAAUAAGUUGCUAUGGCUUUAAAGGUGGUUGCUAGGUUUUUUGUUUCUAAGUUGUUCAAAGUAAUUGCUAAGCUAGCUGGUUGCUAAGUUUUUGCUGAGGUGUUACUGAGGGGGAAACAUGGCUAGGGCAUUGCUAUGGUGUUCAGGGUGGUUGCUAGUUGAAGUGUUUGCUGUGGAUUUCCAGGCAGCUGCUAGUGGCUGCUAUGGAGAAUCUGGGUGUUUGCUAAGUGUACGUGAGUGAGAACUGCAUGGUUGCCAGGGUGUAGUAUGUCAUUGUAACAGUCAAACUGGGAGUACUUGUACUACUAUGGGUGGUAGUAUUUGUGCUAUAGGUGCUAUGAGUGCUUGUUCCAGCAGUAGCAUUGAUAGCACUGGGUCUGUAGGCGAUUGUCAAAGGCAUCAUUAAUGUUAUCAGUAACAUGUGUGUUGUGAGAGAAAUCCACAGUUUGGUCCAAAACAGCAGCAGGUAUUGCUGUAAUUUCACAAUGUCUUUUCAUCCAAAUUUAACAGCCAUCUAAAAAAAUAUGAGCUCAUAUUUGAGUAGAUAUUUUGUUUAUUUUUGUGUUUUCAAUGUGGGUAGAAAUAGGGGUGAAGACCCAUUCUGGAAGUCUGGAUUCAAAAUAAGUAGUUAUGUUAGUUGUUAUUUUUUGUAUCAUGCACAUACAAGUGCCCACCCCACAUGGACUCAUAAGACACAAAAAAAUACAGUUGCAGACAAGAGUAACCUGUUACAUAUUUUAUAUUGCAAACAAAAAAUUAAGCUUUACCUCUUGUCAUUGUAUUUAUGCACAGUGGACUUUACCUUAACCUUUACCUAUUUGUUGAUAAUUCUUUCAUCUAAAUCAAUAUUUAUUGAUUAAGAAAAUGUAUGCAAUAUGUACGUUCCUAUUUCAGCACGUAGACAUUAUACUGCAACUUGCUUGAAACCUUAAUUCUGAUAGGGUUGCGUAUAGCAUCUAAACUAUACACUAUAUGAUAAUCUUUUUGUUUCGUAGCAACAGUUGUCAACAACCAGUAAAGCUAAAUGUCAUCAGAAUUAAUACAUUUUUAUCAAUUCUUAUUCUUACUUUAUUGCUACUUUUGAAUAUUCAUGCAGUGUUUCUAUUAUUAUAAUAUAACAGAUCUGCAAACAACCUCAGCUUGUCCAUAUCUACCUUUAGUGCUGUAAUCCUUAGGUCAUUCUUUUGUAUUCUAGAUAUCUAUUUUUCAUCAAUCAUAUACUUUGUUUUAUAAGAUUCUUUUAUUAAUUAAACACAAUUGACAGAGAA